CGGAUUUCACUGACUCAAAAUUCUUAACAAUGGGAAGGGGGACAUUCGACAGCCCCCAACUCUUUUCAUCUCAGUCAAGGACAAUUCAUUCCAGUGGAUGGAAUCAGACAAGGCAGAUUGUCUGUCUCCACUUUCGCGCUGGAGAUUUCUGCUGGGCUUUUGAUUGGUUAUUCCUGUGACUGAAUGUAAAUCGGAUCCGGACGCAUCCAGUAGGUGGUGGCUUGUGGCUUGUGCUUCAGUGGCACAGGAGACGAUCCAGAGAGGUUAGACCCGCAGUUUCUAACGGAGCUGUCCACUCCUCUGGUGGUGCUGAACGUCAGAUAUUCGCUCUUCGUAGCCUACCGGAUGGUUGAUGGUAUUCGAAAAGGAUUUACAGACUUCACGUUUACAAACUUCUAGGCUAUUGUGUGGAUGUCGAGUUACAAUCGGUGGAUUUGAUCGGACCAGUUUGACAUAUAGUUGUUGUGAACUACUGUUUAAAAAAAACAAUCUCGUUCGGAUUAUCCUUCUGGAUGGUUUGCGUCUGGACAUACAGAAACAGACCAAUGAGGACAUCCAGAUGGUGCUCGCUGGCGUUCUUGUUGGGAGUGGUCUCCCUCGGAGUGGGAGUCAUUGAGGGGAGACCGGGCAAGGAGGAGGGAUUCGGUCCGCCACCGUAUCGACCUGUCAUGAGGUUCCGACAUAAGCAGGAUGGGCUCCCAGGGAGUUUGCAGAUACAGGGGUUUUUGGGCCAUAACAAUGGCUUCCAGAGUCCUUGUGAGCACAAGUACUGUGGCCUUGGGCGUCACUGCGUGGUCAACCAUGAGAGUGGUAAAGGGGAGUGCAACUGUCUAGACCGCUGUAAACCACACUACAAACCGGUGUGUGGCUCAGACGGCAAGCUGUAUCAGAACCACUGUGAGCUCCACCGUGCCUCCUGUCUGGGUGCACAGAGAAUAACUAUCAUGCACAGCGAGGAAUGCUUCUACAAAGAUGACAACUGCAGACUGGGUGACUACCGGAGGUUGAAGACCAAAAUUCUGAACCUGCAUGACCAGAGGUACAUGGAAACUGGCAACCGUGGGAGCCACAAAGACAACAUGGCCGCCAGAAAGAAGCUGGUCGACCUUCUGUUUAAGCGCUUCGACGCCGAUGGUAGCGGGAGAGUAGACAGCAGCGAACUAUCACAGGUCAUCAAGCAGGAAGGUCUGUCCAAGGAUGUCUCUGAGUGCACCCUGUUUGACCUUCUCAAAUACAACGACUUCAACGACGACGAGCACCUGACAAAGGACGAGUUCUACAGAGCUUUCGAGACUUGCCUAAACGACGACACGGAUAAUAUAGAGUUGGCUGGCAUCUCCGUGCAUCGGCAGGACAGAGCAGCUAUGUCUGCUAAGACAAGGGGCGGGGAAGUGUACCAGCUCACCCUGCCCGAUGACCAGAAAUUGAGCAUCACUACGGUAACCGUUGGCCAGAGUGCCAUCUUGACUUGUGCAAUCACAGGGGAGCAGAGACCUCCCAUCAUCUGGAAACGCAACAAUCAGGUUCUCAACUCGCUGGAUCUGGAGGACAUAAAUGAUUUCGGAGAUGACGGCUCAUUGUACGUCACCAAGGUGACCACCACCCAUACAGGGAACUACACCUGCCAUGCUGACGGGUACGAGCAGCUCUCGCAGACGCACACGCUCCAGGUGAACGUUCCUCCCGUCAUCCGCGUCUACCCAGAGAGCCAGGCCCGGGAGCCAGGGGUGACGGCCAGUCUCCGGUGCCAUGCUGAGGGUAUCCCCAACCCACAACUGGCAUGGCUGAAGAAUGGCAUGGACAUCGCUACCAAGCUGUCCAAACAGCUCACCCUGCAAGCUAGCGGAAGCGAGGUGCACAUCAGCAACGUCCACUUCGAGGACACAGGAGCGUACACCUGUAUCGCCAAAAACGAUGCCGGGGUGGACGAGGACAUCUCCUCCCUGUUUGUGGAGGAUUCGGCGCGCAAGACCCUGGCAAACAUUCUGUGGAGAGAGGAAGGUCUUGGAAUUGCCAAUAUGUUCUAUGUGUUUUACGAGGAUGGUAUCAAAGUCAUCCAGCCAGUGGCAUGUGAGAUCCAGAGACACAUAAAGCCCAGUGAGAAACUACUGGGACUUCAGGCUGAGGUUUGCCCCAUGUCAGUGGGGGAGGUCAAGCAGAAGUGUGUGUGGUCAUCAGCGGUUAACGUGAAGGACAAGUUUAUUUAUGUCACACAGCCAACCUUGGCCAGAGUGCUUGUGGUCGACAUCACGUCUCAGAAGGUUGUCCAGACGGUGAGCACAGACCCCUACCCAGUGAAGCUGCACUAUGACAAAUCCCACGACCAGGUGUGGGUCCUCAGCUGGGGAGACAUGGAGAGAAACUUUCCUACUUUGCAGGUGAUCAAUCAGGCCAGCGGGAGUGUGUCCCACCAUACCGUCCACACCCAGCCGGUUGGCAGACGCUUUGAUAGAGUGGAGGAUUUCUUCAUUCCUGCCGCCAGCCUCAUCAUUAAUCACAUCAGAUUUGGAAUCGUCCUCCACAGAAAUGAACCGGCGCUCCACAAGAUCGACCUGGAGACCACAUCGUCAGGGAAGAACAUCAGCCUGCUCAAGUACAACUGUAUUCCCAAGUCCCUGGCUUACACCCACCUGGGAGGUUACUACUUCAUCAACUGCAAACCCGAUUCCACGGGCGCCACCCAGCCCCAGCUCAUCGUAGACAGUGUGACAGACUCCGUGAAUGGACACAACGGGGACGUCACCGGCACCCCGUACGUGUCUCCGGACGGUCACUACCUGGUCACGGUGGACGACCGCAACGGCUUGAUGAGAAUCCAGCAGAUCACGGUGCGCGGGGAGAUCGGCGAGCCCUUUGACAUCCACACCAACCUUCACCUGUCUGAUGUGGCCUUCCAGCCGUCGUUCACCGAGGUCCACCAGUACAACGUCUUCGGAAGUUCGGGAAGCCAAACGGACUCUCUAUUUGUCGAGCUGAGCACAGGCAAUGUGAAGAUGAUCAAGAGUCUGAAGGAGGCCACCAAGGCUUCCGAUUGGCCGUGGAGCAGUAGAAACCGCGUGAUGACCGGCAGUGGACUUUUCGGACAGUACCUCAUGACCCCGUCCAGGGAGUCUAUUUUCAUCCUGGACGGUCGUCUCAACAAGCUCAACUGCGAGAUUGCUGAUGUCGUCAAAGGCAACGUAGUGGCAUGGGUUGGCGAGUCGUAGGCCGGUCUGUGUUUAGACUUGUCCUGUCUUAUUAUUAAGGUACAGUUGCACUGAAUUUGGCUGCAGAUACAUAAUUUAUUGGGUGUGAAGAAAAACGUAAGCAAUUCUCAAAACCAAAAUUCACAGAUCAAAAUCGUAUUGGAUGUUGUUUACUAGCCGAGUUGAAAUCGUGGUGGUUCCACAAUAUCUUCUAGGGGAUAUCUGUUAAAAUUAGACAAAUUAGCGUCAUAUUAGCAUUUUUCGAUUGCAAGUCUUGCCAAUUCAAUUGGAUGGACGUUUUUUGAUAUUCACGUCAACUGGCAUUUCGCUAAAAAGAGGGAGAAAAUAGGUCUAGACUAUCCUCCUCUGUUUCGUCUACUCCCGUUCCAUUUUUUUUCCUGUGCCUUGAAGGAAAACAAACUCCAAAAGAGGAAUUAACAUAAUUAUUCCCAUUGCGGCUGCAGAUUACACCUUCUUCUCUUUGACCCUCCUUCGUGGUGAGAGAUGCUCUAAAAAUCCAUGUUUCUCGUCUUAUUUUCAUCUCGGACCAACGUGGAGCCCAUUCUGGGCUAAUUAAAAAUGAGCUCUUGCUGAGACCCCGUCUCGUUUGAAGUGGAGAUGGAGAGAUUGAGUUGUCCAUUAUGAUGUAGUGCUGCUUGGUCACCUUUGAUCUCUGAGAGUCUUCAAAAGAGCUAGUGAUUUGAAUGUGAUUUCGUCCAACAAUCCAAGUCUCAAUGACAAUGUUAAUAGAUUGAUCCAUCUUAAUAUUUGUGGGAUAAAUUAAUUAAAGUUUCACACUUUGAUUCACAAGGUCAAUGUGUGUGUGCGUGUGUGUGUAGAAAAAUAUUCAAAUUUGAAGAAUAUCCCUGGCCCAAAAGGAGUCAUAGUAUAUAUUAGAAUGUACUUACAUAUUGUCAGUCAAUUUUGGCAAAGUUUAGCAGCUGGAUGUGUAUCAUUACAGUGAAAUAAAGAGGGAUUUGUUUAGUUGGAAGUGGAUUUGUGCAGUUGUAGACAAUAGAGUCACUAUGAGCUGUGUGGAUCUAAUGAGACUAUAGUGAGAGACCUUGGUCUAUAAGCUUCAAAUGUGAGUCACAUUUCUUUUCAAAUGCUACAAGGCAGAGCGUAGUUGGAUGAAUCAGUUGUACCUAUGAAACCUGGCAAGUCUGUGGCCCGUUGUGCUUAGGACACAAAUUAUUUCCCCCAAGGACACAUUCUAUGCAUUUUCACCAUAGCACUCUAAAACAAACACAAUGAGGAAUAUGUUUAUGUGUUAUUUUUCAAAUCUAAUGUUGGACCUCUUGUCCUGUUAUGGACAGGUCCAUUUUAUGUUCCCAAUUAAGAUGAAACAUUUUUAUAUAAUUUGAUGUUUUGUUUUAUUUGGUCAAUUCAAUUUCAAUUAAUCAAAAAAACUAAAAAAUGAUAUCACAUUUUGUUUGGUGUUGCCCCUUGAUACCCAUAGACUGUACUGAUUACCUGUAAUUUUCUUCUUGUUUUCUGUAUAUAGCCGCAGAGUUGACUGAGUUCCUUAACAUGGUAGUUUUCAUACAGUUUUUGAGGGCUCUGUUCAUUAUUUUGAGUGAAUAUGCACCCAACCUUUUCAAGAAACGAAAGAGCACCAUUGUCAUCGCGCUACCCUUGACCAAGUACAUUGUGAUUUCACCUACCUGAGACAUUGUAGUUUUCAUUAGAGCCAUGUACUGUUUGUUGAUUCAUGUGAUUAUUAUUUAUGUAGAGAAUACACACUUGACAUUUUACCUGACAAUAAAGUCUAUACCUCCUUUCUGUGGAAAA